CGUGAAGAAUAAGCGCCAGGAGCGUUUGCUGCGACCCUCGCAAUUCACAUUCACCACCACCACCAAUUCCUCACUCCUCUCUCUCUAAAAACUCCUCAUAGACCAAGUCAUCUCUCUCUCUCUCUCUCUCUCUCUCUCUCUCUCUAUAAAAACGUACACACCAAUCUCACCAACCGAUUAGAAUAUGAACAGGGUCGCUCUAUUUUCUCUGUUUUGAGAAAUCGUUGUGAGAGAGAGAUAAAGGCUGAAGAAGAGCAUGGGGUCUGAACCAGUGAAGGAAGCAUGCGUCUGCGCCACACCAAAGCUGUCUUUGUUCUCACUUCCGAACCAGCCACCCGAGCCUCCGGGGAUGCUUACCCCACCACUCCAAACUUCAGUCUCUGUUCCCUUCCAGUGGGAGGAAGCACCAGGGAAGCCUAGGCACUGCUCCACCACAGAAUCCAAGGCCAAGUGCGCAAGAUCCUUGGAACUGCCUCCGAGGUUGCUCAAUGAGGCCGCCAAAAUUACCAACAUGCCCUCCCCAACCACCGUGCUGGACGGGCCUGACGUCGGCAGGACUCUGUCUUUUUCGUUUAGAGUUAGGAACCCCGAUAGUUUGGGGAGCAAGAGGAUCGGCAAGGAGAGUGGUAGAGGUGGUGGUUUUGGGUCUAUGAGGUGGGGGAGUUUCAGGAAGAACAAGGAGGUUGUUGACCAUGGCGGCUUUGACUUUUUGCCUGCGGCUGGUGGCAGCGGCGGUGAAACAAAGGUGAAGAUCACAAGAGUUAGGAGGAGAGAUAGCUUCAUGAGUGUUACUCACACAAAGUCACAUACGUGGGCAAGCAUUUAUGAAAGCUUUAAGCAGGUGGUCCCAUGGAGACGCAGGCAAGAAAAAUUGAGAAAAAUGGCAUCGUAAAGUCUUGCAACUGUUGGAUGGUUCAUUUUCCUACUUGUUGAAUUUGUGUAUAUAAUAUAUAGCAGAACCAGAU